CACCGGCUACCGCCGGUCACCCUCCCCGAUCUUUUGCUCCAAAAAUCGGCCAUUUAUUCACGUUCCGUACUCUGACAGUUAGACCGCAUUACAGUGUGCUCCAAACACUGAGAGUAGGUCGAGGAAGAAGAAGCAAAACGUAACGCAGCGCGUACUUCCAGUCCAUCAAUGGAGUACCAAGCUUCAUCCGUGGCGCUUUCUCAGAAGCUCUCCAGCGGUCACUCCAUAUACGACGGCGUUUUCUCCUCCGCAGCUGCAUCCAAGUUCAAUGUCUCGACUUUCUCCUCCCGAGUCGACGAUUACAGCGAGAUUUUCGGCGGUUCCGUAGCUUCCCGCGGCGGCUCUUCGAUUCCGGUGCUUGAGGUUCCGGAGCUCCAUGAGCGGAAGGCUUCGGUGGAUGUUCGGAGCUCGAAGCUGGAUUACUCUAACGUCUUCGGUGGAUGUGGAUUUGGAGAUUCGGAUUUCGCAGUGCCGUAUGAGGAGCUCUUUGCGGAGCGAAAGAAGAAGGAAAGAAGGACACCGGCUGAAAAGCGGUCGCCUUCGAAAGAGGCAGAUCCUUCGAGUACCGUGGAGAAUCGUGUUUUGUCACAGGAAGCAUCUAAUCAAUCAUUUGAUGGUGCCAAGAAGUUCAACAUGUCAUACCAUAAAACCAACCACAGAAGCAAAAGUUUUACAGGAGAAACAAUGCUUCAUGCUGUUCCAACAGAUACGUGUUUGAUUGAUGAAGUCAGUCCAAUACACACAACUGAAGGUGAUAAACCGGUAUCUUCCAAAGAAAAUGGUGCUUCUCCUGACAAUAAUUUAUUUGAAAGAAUGACGGAGGGCAACCAUCUGAAGUCUGCAGGAGACCUCCCAGCUGGUGAUGAUAGGAAGCAAACUUCUGCGGGAGGUGCUGAGGUUCAGAAUAAUUAUGAUUGGAAAAGAUCCAGUUCGCACGAUGAGUUAUUCAAGGCAUGUGAAACUCAUCCUUCAAGCAGUCCAUCAAUUUCAAGCCCACUGUCUGAGGGCAAGGUUGAAUUUGAGAAACCAAUGGCUUCUGUUUUUGGCGUUUCUAGAAGUGAUAAUUCAGAAGGUUCUGGCCAUGUUUCUUCAUCACCGUACUUUGAUGAGGAAGUGGACACAAAUUCUACUGCGGCUGCCUCCGCGGCUGCUUUGAUAAAGGCAAUAGAGGAAGCUCAAGCAAGGAUAAAAAUGGCAAAAGAGUCUAAGGAAAGAAAGAAGACUGGUUCGCAAAAUAGUGUCAAACAGAGCUUUAACAUUGGCAAGAAGUUUGAGGUGAAGAGGGAAAAAUUUGCAGAUAAAGUAAGCAUACCAAAAGAGAGGAAGACUCGGGAGUUGCAUGAAGAAGGGGCUGUUCCGGUUCAUGUUUCUACUGGUAAGAAACUUGAGGUGAAGGGGGAUAAACAUGCAGACAAAGUAAGCAUAGAGAGAAAGACUCAGGAGUUGCAUGAAGAAGUGGCUGUUCGUGUUCUUGAUUCUACUAGUACAAAACUUGAGGUGAAGGGGAAUAAAUAUGCAGACAACAUAAGCAUACCCAAAGAGAGAAAGACCCGGGAAUUACAUGAAGAAGUGGCUGUUCUUGUUCAUGAUUCUACUGGCAUGAAACUUGAGACGAAGGGGGAUACAUAUGCAGACAACGUAAGCAUACCCAAAGAGAGGAAGACUCGAGAGUUGCAUGAAGAAGUGGCUGUUCUUAUUCAUGAUUCUACCAGUACAAAACUUGAGGUGAAGGGGGAUAAAUAUGCAGACAAAGUAAGCAUACCCAAGGAGAGAAAGACUCAGGAGUUGCAUGAAGAAGUGGGUGUUCCUGUUCGUUUUUCAAUUUUUUCUACUGGGCCAGCACAGGUAAUGGCAGCAUUUGGAGAUGCGAAUAAACUUUUUGGUGCUAAGGAAGCUGGAGGGAAAACAGAGGAGAAUGAAUCUAUAUCAACUCACAUGGGUCGUACGCAGGAACAAGCUGAUGUUCCAGAAGCGCCAGAACAAUUUUAUGAAGUUUCUGACACAGAUGAACCUGAUUUCUCAGAAGCAGCAGACCAGUUCUAUGAAUUUCCUGACACAGACGAACCUGAUCUAUCAGAACCAGCAGAAUUAUUUUAUGAGCUUUCGGACUCAAGUGAACACCAGGCUACAACGGUAGAGGAUGAAGAAGCCAACCCUGGGAUAAUAAUGGUACAAAUUGUUGACAAAGAUGAACAGAAAAGGAAGAAGACAGCCAUGGAGGCUUUUGAAUAUCCAGAACUAGGUGGCGAGAGAUUACAAGCAGCUAAAUACGAAGAAUACAGAGAGUCAGAGAAGAUAGUCAAUGCGGAUGGAGGCCUGUCUAAACAUGAAGAUCAUGCAAGUGAAUUGGAAACAGUUAAAGAUGCUUUUGAACAGGAAGAAAAUGAGAAUAGACUGGAAGCUUCCAGAGAGCUUGAAGAAACUUGGAAGCUUCAAGCUUCCCAUGUAAAGGAAAUUCUUGAAGAGAAGCAAGGGGAGCUUGAGAAGCAAAAAGGAGACAACAAAAGGCAUGAAACUCAAGAGUUACAGGAAACCAGACAUGUGAAAAUGAAAUUGAUGCCUCAGGAGUGUGUUGAAUAUCAGAAGAUAGGCGACGAGGCUUACAAACAGGAAGAACUUGAGAAGGAACAAAAAGAUGUCCACAGGGAAGAAGACACUGAAAGGAGGCUCAAUAAAGAUAGCAGGCAAGACAUCACUGAGGACUCACUUAAUGACACCAACGGUGAGCAAUAUUUUGAGAAUAGAAAUGAGAGCAAGUCUGAAGGACAUGAGAAGCUUGGCGACACAACAGCGAAUGAGAUGAUACUUGAAGGGGCAGCUUGUGAGGAGAUAGAAUGUGAGAAGAGACAAAAAGAGAGUUUUCAGCGUGUAGAUGAUGGGAGAAUGGAAAUACUGAUUGAUCAGGGUACAGAAGAUGAAAAAGUGACUGUGGCUCAAGAGGAUCUAAAGAAACCAGACUGCAACUUUGAGGCAACUAAUAACCUAUAUGAGGAGGGUGAAAAUGAGGACCUAUAUGAAAAAGAGGGGCCCACUGGACAUGCAGAGUAUGACAACGAUGUAGAAGAAACUCUGGAGGGGGAUAAAUAUGAGGAAAUAGAAUGUGACAAGAGGGAAAAAGAGAGUUUUCAGUGUGUAGAAGAUGGGAGAAUGGAAAUACGGAUUGAUCAGAGUACAGAAGAUGAGAGGGUGACAGUGGAUUGUGAGGAUCAAAAGAAACCAGACUGCAACUUUGAGGCAACUAAUAACCUAUGUGAGGAGGGUGAAAAUGAGGACCUAUAUGAAAAGGAGGGGCCCACUGGACAUGCAGAGUAUAACAAGGAUGUAGAAGAAACUCUGGAGGGGGAUAAAUAUGAGGAGAUAGCAUGUGAGAAGAGACAAAAAGAGAGUUUUCAGUGUGUAGAAGAUGGGAUAAUGGAAAUACAGAUUGAUCAGAGUACAGAAGAUGAGAAGGUGACACGGGAUUGUGAGGAUCUAAAGAAACCAGACUGCAAUGUUAAGGCAACUAAUAACCUAUGUGAAGAGGGUGAAAUUGAGGACCCAAAUGAAAAAGAGGGGCCCACUGGACAUGCAGAAUAUGACAAGGAUGUAGAAGAAACUUUGGAGGUACCUGCACAUGAAGAGGAUGGGGAUAGAAUUGAAGUUACUGAAACUUUGGAUGAACUCAAAGAGAGUGUGAACCAGUCAGAAUCAGUUGAAGAGGAUAAUGUCACAGUGGAGAAAGAUAUGCUCAAAACAGAUGGCUUAGCUCCAGAUAUCAAACUUGUUGAGAUACCAAUAAUAGAUGCAACAGAGAUGCAUUAUUCUGACACAAAUGGAACAACUCUAAGGAGAAAUGAUAUGAGAUGUGGGCAAAAGCAAGAAGACCAGCUUGCCAGAGAGCCCGAAGUAGUCUGCAAUUUUGGAAAACAGGUUGAAGAAUUGGGAGCUAUGAAUAAGGACAUGAUGGAAGGUGAAGUUGCUGUCAAGCAGGAAGAAAACAGGAAUAAUUCCAGGUCUUCGCAUAGGAAAAGAUGGUUUGAUAGACUCAACUUUUCUGAAACUCUUAAUAAGCUCAAGGAGAAUUGGAACCAAUCAGAGUCAGUUGAAGAGGAGAAUGGCAAGGAGGAGAAAGAAAUAUGUGAAGCCGAUGGCUUGGCUUCGGGUGUCAAACUUGCUGAGAUAUUGAAGCAAAUCGAAGAUCCUAUCGAGAGCCAUCCUUCUGAAGAAAAUGGGUUAAAUGUGGAUAUAAAUGCCUUGAACUGUGGGCAAAACCAAGAUGUCACUUUAGAAACGCAUGUUGAAGAAGUGGAAGAAAUCAAUGAGGAUGUGAAAGUUGAAGUUGCCGUGAAUCAGGAAGAGAAUAAGAAUAAUUCCAAAUCUUCUCAUAGGAAAAGGUGGUUUGAUGAUGGGACCAGUGCAGAAGUAGCUCAACUUUCUCAUAUGUUAAGAAGAAAGGGGGGAAAUGUGCUACUGGAUCAUGAGAUGGAGACAAGUCCAUGUACAGAGGAAAGUAUGGAGAAUGAUCGAGCAACCACGUCAAAAGAGAGUGUAACCACUCAUAGUUCGCUGCAAGAAUUGGAACAAGAAAAAGGUGAGAAUCGUCAAACAACCUUGACUGCAGAGGAGAGUGAAAAACAUUGUACUUCAAAUACAGUAGUGGAACAAGAAAAAAUGGAAAAUCAACAAGAAACCUCGACUGCAGAAGAGAGUGAAAUUAGUGAGAGAUUGCAAAAGGAAGUGGAGAUAGAAAAGGAACUCCUGAAACAAAAACAGCAUGCAAAAGGGAAGGAAAGGGAAAGAGUAAAGGAGAAAAAAGCUGUUGAAAGAGUAAUUCGUGAAGCUCGUGAAAGGGCAUUUGCUGAAGCUCGAGAAAGAGCUGCUGAAACUCGUCAAAAGGCAAUGGCUGAGGCCCAAGAAAGGUCGGGAAAGACUUCUGUAAAGGCUAAUGAUAUUUCCUUAGCUGAGAAGGCUUCAAGGGAAGCUAAACUAAAAUCGGAACGUGCUGCUGUGGAAAGAGCAACUGAAGAGGCUUGGGAGCGUGCCUUAGAAAAAUCAUUAUCCGGGAAGGCUUACGAGGCAGGAAAGCAGGCUAAGAGGUCUGUUUCUGAGAAAUCUUCUAGUGCUUCUAGAGAUGAUGGAAUGAAGCCGGGUGUUUCGCCCGCUGACCCAGAGUCUAAAUCAAGAUACCCAAAUUCUUCAAAUCACAGUGAUCCUUACCCUGCUGAGAGGAGCGGUGGAAGUAAUGGUGAAUCAGCUCAAAGGUGCAAAGCUAAGUUGGAGAGGAAUCAACAGACAGCAGAACGUGCAUCUAAAGCUCUUGCGGAGAAGAAUAUGCGGGAUCUUCUUGUACAGAAGGAGCAAGCCGAGCGAAACAGAUUAGCAGAAGGUCUUGAUGCCGAGGUCAAAAGGUGGUCAAGUGGGAAAGAGAGAAAUUUGCGGGCAUUGCUUUCAACGCUACAAUAUAUCCUCGGGCCAGAUAGUGGUUGGCAGCCAAUUCCUCUAACAGAAAUAGUUACAACUGCGGCUGUAAAGAAGGCUUACCGUAAAGCUGCUCUCUUUGUUCAUCCUGACAAGUUACAGCAACGGGGUGCAAGCAUACAGCAGAAGUACACUUGCGAGAAGGUGUUUGAUCUUCUAAAGGAGGCUUGGAAUAGAUUCAAUGUGGAAGAGCGAUAGACGAUUUUCUUUCGUACGUCCAGAGGGAACAGAUAAAGCAUAUUUCAUCACACUGUGUUAGUUUCCUCAUGGAAUAUAUUAUAUACCAGUAUUAGGUAGAUUGUACGCAUUCUUUGUUAGAAACUGGCAGUGUAAUCUUGUCAUCCUCUUCUACCCAGAAAUAAGAAAAAUAGAAAAGGAAAAAUC